UCGUUUUAUAGAUUUGGCAUUCAGUUGAUAAUAAGAGAGCUUUCAUCGGCAAGUCAGGUUUCAUUGAUAACGAACAAAAUGCUAGUCGAACGCAGCUAAUCUGUUAAGGCUGAGAAACAGUUUGAUAAACUUGGCAUUGUCACAUAACUUUGUCAACGCACUGGUUCUGUCACAAAUUACCGCAGUCCACCGGAUAGAGUAUAGAGUGUGUGUUUGUCUUUUCAUUCCACGGUUUGGUCCUUUAUUUAAACCAAGCUUCGGCUGAUAUCGCGAGCAAGGAUUAUAGACUACAAAACGGAAGUGGUUGACUGUUGAUCAUGAUUAUAGACGCGCUUCUGAAGUUGACACUACUUCUGUCAAGCCUGUAUUUUGUUACCAGCCAGCGUACCGCCGAUCGUGACGUCAGUAUAACCAUUGACGUCAGCCUCGACUAUGACGUCAGUUCUCCCAACAACGUCACACUGGACAUUGCAAAGUCUAUCUUCUCUGGCCGAGGUCAACAGUACCAAUAUGUCCAGCAUCCAGAACUAUUCAAGGAUGGUCCUAAAAAUGUCACAGACCUGUGGGUGAAAUUUAUCGACGCUUUUCAGUACCAAACUCCGUGCACAGUGGAUCCAAGCAACUUUAGUGAUUUCGUCAAUGCUGCUGCCCAUGACAUACCCAAAGAUAAGACGCUGUUGUGGAGUAAAACAAGAACAUUAGCCAACACAUAUUCCCAGUCUGGAGGUAGAUAUUUCACCAUUACAGAUUCAUUGUCAGGUUAUCUAGUGAACGACUUGGAUUUUUGUGCACAAAAACAAUACCCCGGGGUGAACUUCAGAUCUUGUCCCCCGCCGUCUCAUCAGUGCCAGAAGGGGGCAGAAUUAUCAUUUUGGCGCGAGGCGUCGAGAAAGUUUGCCGAGUUGGCCUCUGGCACUGUCCAUGUGUUAUUGAAUGGUUCCACCAUAGCGUACAGCAAUGAAAGUAUUUUCUAUGGCUACGAGUUGCCUAGCCUUAGAGAAGGGACAGUGACCGAGAUUCGCGCUCUGGUAGUUCAUGAUCUUGGAGUCCGUGGGCGUGAAAAAUGCGGCUCUGGAACUUUGUUGAAAUUACAAGCGGAUGUACGAAAACGCGGGUUCAAGUUUCAGUGUACAGACGAUCCGGCGGAUUUGAGACAUCUACUCUGUGCAGAUGAACCAGCAACAUCUAGCUGCCGUUUCCUUGACAACGACCACACCUCUAGCGGCAACCAAAUCCAAAAUAUCUUUAAAACUUCAGCUGUAAGAGUUGUUCUUAUUUACACGUUUUUCUACUGGCGUUUUGUUAGAUGACAAGAAACAGUUCAAAUUCUCAAGUCGUGAUGAACAAAACUGAAUUAAUAAGUGGGAAAUUUGAAAAAAAAAAAAAAAAGGACAAAUAUUAACAUAUUCUAAUUGAAAUUGUUAAGGUUACCCGUUACGGAAAAAAGUGGGUCGACCAUUUUUGAAAUGAAGGAAAGGAAUCAAUGGAUACCGAUUCGAUAUAGCAGUAAACUGUCGACAUACAGGUCCUUGGAUACCGGAUAAAAAUGUUUUAUAGAAUUAAAAGCACAUGGUGUAAUUGCUACAGAGUAUUAAGCUGCAAGUACUGCAUGAACGUUUUUAUUCACGAAAAGAUCUUCACCAGCAGUUCUGAGGUUGUCAUUUGUGAUAUAUCACAUUAUUUGAAGUAGGAGAAGUACCUGAACAAAUGGGCACAAAAUCUACGUAACAGUCAACAAUUUAAAAACGUAUAUUUAUAUACAUAUAUA